AUGCCGGCAGAAGUGGCUCCCAAAAGCAGUAUUUUUUGCAAAUAUGUGCCUUUCCGCUACGUUUUUGCCGUACUGGGAUCCAUUGGCAUCGCCAUCGUCUAUGGCCUUAACAUCUAUGGAAUAAUAAUGGCGCAAAUGGUGCACGAUGAUAAGCCGUAUAUUGCCGUGUAUGUCGUCCUUUCCUACUACUGUGUAUAUGUUGUCUCACAGAUUCCACUGGCCCGCGUCGCUGAGAAAUACUCGGCCAAGUGGGUAAUGUUGUUCUCCGUGGCAAUCAAUCUGGUCUGCACCCUGUUGACUCCGGUGCUCACCGAAUUCCAUUUCGGCGGACAUAUCCUGAUGAGAGUUAUGGAGGGAAUCGUUGGUGGUGCCUCUUUUCCGGCUAUGCACGUCAUGAUUGCCUCCUGGGCCCCACCCACCGAACGAAUGGUUAUGUCCGCCAUCAUCUACGUGGGCACCAAUCUCUCCAUUCCGUUGGCCGGUGUUCUUUCCGAGCAGUCGGGCUGGGAAUCAGUCUUCUACGUGAUGGGUCCACUUGGCUGCAUUUGGAUGGUUCUCUGGAUUAUUUUCGUUCAGGAUAAUCCCAACAAGCAGCGGUUCAUAAGUCCCGAGGAACGGCAAAUGAUCAAUAGCUCUCUUGGCACGGAAUUACAGGAAGACCACCACCCGGCUGUGCCAUGGAAGAAGGUCUUUACAUCUGUUCCAUUCUGGGCCAUUCUGAUUGCCCACACUUGUUACGAAUUAAACCAUUGGCCAUACCUCAUCCAGACUUCGGACUACAUGAAGCAGGCCCUUGAUAUCAAUUUCGAGGCACCACUUUUAGGGUUAUAUUCCUUCACAGUUAUAUUCAGUAUUGGCUUCAGCAUAUUGCUCUACUGCCUCCAAAACAAGGGAAAGGUUAGUGCCACCUGUGCACGGAAAAUAACAACUGCUAUAUUCUUAUUCAUUCCUGGAGCUUGUCUGAUCUUUCUUUUCUGUAUUGGAUACCUUCAAAACGGUGCUGUGACCAUAAUGUCGGUGGGAUUUGUGUCCAUGGAAGCCAUGUUCCCAUGUUUCCUUUCUAACCACGUCGACAUUGCCCCGAACUUCGCCGGAACCCUGGUGGCGCUAACUAACUCUGCGGCUUAUGUUACCAGCUCUUUGGUUUUCUUAUCUAUGAAGUUUGUGAUUGCCGAACAAAAAAGCAUUGAAACCCACCGUAUCAUUUUCGGAUUUAAAAUAGCAUUGUUCGCUAUCACGUUCCUGGUCUUAAUUAUUUUUGGUUCUGGAAAAGAGCAAUCCUGGAACAAAAACGAAAAAAACGAGGAUGAGAACAUCACGCUGAAGAAAAUAACCAACUUAAAUUGUAGUUUCGAUAACUUUGAUAAUAUUAAUUCAAAGUAG